AUGUCAACGUCGCGUAGUCGUGGCAAGACGGGGCUCGAUGAGGUGAUCGCUGAGAGGCUGGAGAGGCAGCGCAAGAAGACAAGCAAGCAGCUCUAUAUCGAGAAGAGCCUGGAAGCUCUCAGCAAGGUAGGCAACCUUGAAAAGAUAGAGGCAAGAACCAAGCAUGACUUCAGUUACAUCCCUGGCCGCUCCACCGCUCCCGAGAACAGCAGGAGCGUGGAGAAACGCAAGCAGGAGAUGGCAAAGCUGCAGGCGAAGCAAGCGCGCGCACACAUUGACUGGUCGGAGACAGACGACUACGGCAACCUGCUGCUCUCUGCCAGCGCUCACAGCCUGCAGCUGGAAACUCUCCCGCAGACAAUCUCGUCAGGACCUGUGUAUCCUCGAGGGGUCACGCUGGAGAGCCUGAACCUGGCCGAGGAGAACCUCAAGUACUCCAACAGCAAGACGUUCGAGAUCUUAGAGCCGAGCUCCCUGCACGAGCUCGACCGCAGCCGCAGGUUCGUGCGAGACUACAAGUCGCACGAGAACAAGUUCGUGCUGCAAGAGAAGGACCUCGAGCACGAGCUCAUCGACGUCGCCUCGGGCGCCAUCAAAGAUCCCUUCCUGCACUUGAGUCAGGAGCAGGCAACAGACGAUGAGAUCUUCAGGAUCUCUCAGGCCUUCCAGCGGUCGACCAACCCCCAGCUGCUCGACCUGUACGGCAGCUACUUGCAGGCUGGUCCUGCAGUCUUCAUGUUCGAGCAGAUGCAGAAGGCGAUGGCGGGCGGCAACGUGGCCGAGCUUCGCUCGCUCUCCUUCGACUCGAGCACGCUCGGCCCCACCCUCUACUCCCAUCUCAGGGGAACCUUCCGCGUCGCCAAGUCGCUGACCUCCCUCAACCUCUCCAACCUCUUCUACCCGAUGCGCGACGUCGAUGGCGCGCAGCUCGCCAGGGAGCUGUCUUCAACCCGCAGCCUGCAGACGCUCAACGUGUCGGGGAACCUGCUGGGCAAGCAGACGUGCUGGGAGCUGAAGAACUGGCUGCUCUCCAACGACACGCUGAGAGUUCUCAACUUAGAGUGCAACGUGAUCGACGACGACGCCAUGUUCAACCUGGUGGAGGGGCUGAAGCGAAACUCCAAGAUCGCGCUGGAGAGCGUGUACCUGGGGUUCAACCAGAUCGAUCACUACGCCCUAGGCUCCCUCAUGGAGCUCUGCGGUCAAGCGCACAGCAAGCUGAGGCUGCUGGACCUGCGGUCGAACAAGGUGUCUCGCUGCAGCACCGGGAGGGUGAGGGAGGGGCUGAGCCGAUCGCCAUGCCUGGCUGUCUUGAACUUGGCGGACAACAGACUGAGCGACGUGUCUGAGAUCGGGUACGGCCUGCACUGGAACAAGUCGGUGCAAGAAGUCGACCUGUCUCGCAACAUGAUACAAGAUGACACGUUCCAGUGGAUGGAGCUGUGGGGCAAGAACGAGGGAAGGAUCUACCUGGCAAACUCCAAGGUGCAGCGACUUGAUCUGCGAGGGAACAGGCUCGGGGACGUGGCGGGGCUACAGAUAAUCAAGCACCUGAAGAGGAGGGAGAUGUUCAGAACGAUGGAGCUGAUCCAGCUCGAGGACAACUUCAUCGACCCCUCCUGGCAGAUCAAGAGGAGGAGCAAGCGGCUUAUCAAGCAGAAGGUCGACAAGACCAGCAAGUACUGGAAGGAGCGCGACUGGGAGCAGCUGCAGAUGAAGAGGAAGAGGAAGGUGGAUGAAGCAGUGCGGCUGCUCAAGAACCGAACGGCUGACGAGGUAGAGAUCGAUGCUGUGGUGCAGAUGCCGUGGGUUUCCAAGGUUCCGAUUGUCAGGACUAUCGCAUGGAUGGGAUCCCAGUACUUCACCGGGUCGAAGCCAGUAUGGAAGAUUCAGGAGGAGAUACUCUACAGACAGAAAGUCAAGGUGGAGGGAGACAUCAAGAAUCGCAAGAACUUGGUCAAGGGGGUCGAACAGACUUGA